AUGAACAUGGAGGCCGCCACCACAACUACGGAGGGAGGUCAAGGUGCCACCACCACCACUACACAACAACAACAAGAAGAAGGAGCCACAUCAUCGCCGGGAAUGAUGAAGGUGACGGUGAUGGGGCCGCCGGGGAGUGGCAAGACCACGGUCCUGCAGCUGCUGAGCCAGCACUACGGCCUGACGCCCAUCAAGACGGGCGAGAUCGUCAUCGACCACGCCCUGCGACUCAAUGGCACCGAGGACAGCUCGGGGCUGGGCCAAAAGCUGCGCGACUUCUUCUACCAGAAGAAGGACAAGACCCAGCGCCCGCCCAUCGAGCUCGUGGUGCCGCUCAUCGCCGAGCACGUGCGGCGCGCCGAGCUGGCCAACCCGCACGGCUGGAUCAUGGAGCGCGGCAUCCGCGAGCCCGAGCACUACGAGGCAUUUCGCAACGCCGACCUCCUGCCCGACAGGGUGGUGGUGCUGGAGGUGGGACCGGAGACGAUAAACAAGCGGCUGAGCAGCCGCAGGAUUGAUCGCACGCAGGACAGGGUGUAUUCGAUUGAUGAGCUCUCCUCCCCUUCCCUUCGACCACGAGAUCAAGAGGUCCUGCGGCGACUCCAGAAGAGGAAGCACGACGACCCGGCUGAUGUGGCUCGCCGCACGCGCCGGUACCGGUCAGAGGGCUACGUCGUGCGCCUGCUCUACCCUCCGAACACCGUGCGCGAGUUCGACGCGUCGCAGCCCAUCAGCGCGCUGCUGCCCCAGAUCACCAAGUGGCUCGACGCCUCGUACCACUUGCAGCCUGCAACGCACAACAACACCGCCGACCAACCCUGA